AUGUUGGAAAAUAUUUAUGCCGUUACCGAGAUGAUCCUGCCUCCAGCUAAUAUAGUUGCCAUAUGUGAGAGUGACUUUGGUCACUUGUUUAGAGAUAUGGGAUACAACUUUCUUCACCCGUUUCCAUGUGGUAAUGAUUUUCAUAGCUUUCUGGCACACCAUUUGUCUUUGUCCCCUGGCGAAGUGGAACCAGUUGAAUCUCCUGCCUACUGGGAUUGCUUUGUAUGCGACCGUGAUCCUCCUAGCCAAGGCUUUGAAACUUUAAUCGCUCACCUUUCUAGUGAAGAACAUCAAGAAGAGAUGGCUUUGGAAUUGUUGGCCCUUGAAUCUCAGCUUACUGUGGCUCCCCUUCCUUCUACUGUGGCUCCCCUUGAUCCUCCAUCUACUGUGGCUCCCCUUGAUCCUCCUCCUUUCAUGGUGAAUGGGAGGGAGUAUGUCCCAAUUCAAAUACCAAGUGGGUCUCCUGAGAUGGACAUGGAGGAUGUAUCAGUGUUUCGUGCGGUUUCCCAUGGUCCUCCUCCUUUCAUGCCCCUACCUGAGAUAGACAAGGAGGCUGUAACAUCGGUGUUUUGGGACAUCAGUGAGUGUCCGGUUCCGUGUGGCUUUGAUGCUCGUCUGGCCGGUCCGCAUAUUAAACGGUAUUUGAAGAAUGAAGGCUACGCUGGUCCUCUCACCAUCACUGCCGUUGGAAUCCGUCUUACUCACGUCCUUGAGGGUUCCAGAGAAAUGAUGAGUCUUAUGUAUCGGUCUAUCAAUAGUAAUCCACCUCCAGCUAAUAUAAUGGUCAUAGCCAAUCCGAACUUUGUGAGGAGGAGGAUAAGUGCGGUGAAACGGGUGAAUGGGUUUGCACCUAAUCAUGCUUCCCAAGGCUUUGAAGAUUUCACCACGCAUCUCGCUAGUAGAGCACAUGAACGGAAAAUGUUGGACUGUGUGCCUAGGAAUGUUCGGCUUUCAAAGAAGCAACCACUGAAUGCUUCCUACCACAGGCAACGAGCAACUGUGAGGAUGAGGGUGCGAAGAAGAAGAGUAGAUUGGGCCAUGGUGUUGUUCUUCUCUAAAGGCAUUUCGUAUGGUGAAUGA